UGGGAGCUGUAGUUCAGGCUCGCGCAAGGGCCGCCGCCCAGGGUUUAGAUGCCUUUGUAGCUGGGCCCUGGCUUCCCCGAGCUGGGCGUUUGGUCAAGCCUGGGGUCGGCUGUCCUUUAAGUCCGAGGGGGCUGACAACAGGGCGACGGCAGGGCGCCCGGGUGGGAGACGCCAGGCUGCCCGGCGAGGGUCGCGCUCGCGUAGCGGAGCCCUGGGCGGAUCGGCGCGCUGCAACCCCCAGCCCAGCGCGAGCCCCCCGCGCCCUUCCCCCGCGGUGUCGCCUCCCUGGCGGGCCGGGGGAGGGAAACGCCAUGGAGCCCCCGGGCAGAGGUUCACUUUCUGAAGACUCAAACCUCUCUGCAGGAAACCUGAAGGAAAAUGGCAUGGCUACUUUGCAACUGACCCCUACAUCCCAGGAGUCAUUGCUGAUCAGGGAUAUGGCCAGGGCUCUCGCCCACUGGGGGAAACUGAACCCCCAAGGAGAUCUCCCUGAGAAACCCAGGAGUCUGGUCUUGUUGGGACUUCCAAUUCCCAAGUCUGAUGUCGUCUCUCAGUUGGAGUGUGGGAUGGAGCUAGAGAAAGUCUCAAAAGCAUCUAGUACAGAUGGGGCAGCCAGACCAGACAGUAAGGAGCUCCCUUCGGAGCAGAAUAUUUCUGAAGAUGAAUCAGCUCCUGGCAUGUUAGCAGACAGAUUUCCAAAGGAAGGUUCCAGUGAACAUGAGAAUUUGUUAGAGAGCCAACAGGAACAUCAGGAGAAGCAUUUCAUACAAGGGGCUAUGAUUCAGAAGAAAUCCGGGGAGAGAAGUUGCCAGUGUGAAGAUUUUGGAAGAACUUUCAGCCCGAGGUCAUUACUUGUUGAACAGCAAGGAGAGGGACUACAUGAUUAUGAUUUGUUUAAAAAGAACUUAACACAGAAGCCAGAGCUAAUGAAGCAUGAAAGAACGUGUGCAGGAAAGAAACCUUGGAAAUGUAAUGAGUGUGAGAAAGCCUUUAGUUACUACUCCGCCUUUGUCUUACACCAGAGGAUUCACACAGGAGAAAAACCCUAUGAGUGCACUGACUGUGGUAAAACCUUCAGCCAGAGCAUACACCUGACUCUACACCAGCGAAUCCACACUGGAGAGAAGCCCUAUGCGUGUCACGAAUGCGGGAAGGCCUUCAGUCACCGCUCAGCCCUCAUUCGGCAUCAUAUAAUCCACACUGGAGAGAAACCCUACGAGUGUCACGAAUGUGGGAAGGCCUUUAAUCAGAGUUCAUACCUCACUCAGCAUCAGCGAAUUCACACUGGAGAGAAGCCUUAUGAGUGUAAUGAGUGCGGGAAGGCCUUUAGCCAGAGCACAUUUCUUACUCAGCAUCAGGUCAUUCACACUGGAGAAAAACCCUACAAAUGUAACGAGUGUGGGAAAGCCUUCAGUGACCGCUCAGGCCUCAUCCAGCAUCAGAGAACUCACACAGGGGAGAGGCCUUAUGAGUGCAGUGAAUGCGGGAAAGCCUUUGGCUACUGCUCGGCUCUGACUCAGCACCAGAGAACUCACACGGGGGAGAAGCCCUAUCAGUGCAACAACUGCGCCAAAGCCUUCAGCGACCGUUCCGCCCUUAUCCGUCAUCAGAGGACACAUACUGGAGAGAAACCUUACAAAUGUAAGGCCUGUGGAAAGGCUUUCAGCCAGAGCUCGUCUCUCACAAAGCAUCAGAAAACUCACACCGGGGAGAAACCCUACGAGUGUAAGGAGUGUGGGAAAUCCUUCAGUCAGAGUUCCUCUCUCUCCCAACAUCAGAAAAUGCAUGCCACAGAGAAAAGCAAGGGCUGUGGGAAGGCUUUUAGCGAGCACUCAGUCUUUGGCCAGCAGAAGAGAAUUCAUACUGGAUAAGGACUGUGUAAAUGCAAUUAUUUUCAACACAUGUUGAACAUCCGAUAUAUGUGGUGUGAGGGCUACAAAGAAAUUUAAUUCUAUUACAAGGUGUAUGCAUCAGGAAGUCAUUGUUGGUAUGGAGUGUAGAUUAUUGAGAACUGAAAGAUGGCUUGUAUCCCUUUUAAAGUAUCCCAGUUAAGGAUAUUGUGAACUUUGCUGGGAAAGAGAAAAAUUAUGUCCAGUAUUUUAAGGUAUAUGUCAUAUAACAAAUAAUUCAAAGAGAGAUAGUGUGUGUCUUUGUGAAAAACAGGAUGUCUUCAGUGGACAAAGUAGAAUUACAAUGCUGAAGGGACAGAGGUUUAGAAAAGAUAAGUGGGUCUCAGAGAAGUUACAGAGGUAGAAAUGAGAUUGGAAAUUCACAGUGAGUUCAUCAAGUGUGAUGAUUAGAGUAGAAAAGAAGUUGUCUUUGUCUUAAAUAGGGGGCACAAAAGAAGUACAUGGAAAAGACAGAGAAAAAUCGGGGAAAUAAGCCCAAUAAAUGUUGAUGAAACAGUCCAGGGAGAGAGUAUAGGAGGUAAAUUAAAAUACAUGCCUGCGGGUGGCUGACCCCAAUUCAACCCCUUAUCCCAAACAGUCCUUCAGGCAUCCUUGGAUGUGGCUUUGGGUCUUCUGAGCGCCCAGCAGUUGUGGCCUCAAGGACUUCUGGGAUGGCUUGAGUAACCCCUAGGAGUGCUGUGUGUGUGGUUGGCCAAGAACAACCAGGAGUGUUCUGCCACCUCCCCCACCCCCAGAACAAGUUAGCUGAGAUAGCUACUUAGAAGCAGAAGAAACUACACUUGGCCACCCACAGUUUCCAUGAGAGCAUCUUCCCCCAGAAGCCAGUGACUAUUGGCCUGGCAGUUAGUUUCUGCACGUUUUGUCUUAGACCUGACUUACUACAUUAUCUACAAAGAGUGCUGUUAACACCAAGUAUUCUGAUCUACAGCUUGCAAGGAGAGGAUAUUGAGGGACCUUUGAUUAUUUCAUUGUCUUAAACUGUCUGAGUAACCCAAGAAUAUGCUUGUUGAUACAACAUCACCUUAACUUUUUACAAGAAUAAAAUUUGGUUGUGGACCUAAACUAAUACUGUAUAUUAAAUUAAAAAAAAAACCUUGAAAACUUUGAAACACUUCUCUUUCACUGUCUGCUCUUGAGCAGAGGCAGAUAAUAUCUUUGUUUGCUUUUUUUUUCUCUAUAGAAACUUUGAAGGAUAACAUUGUAAUCAUUUUAAGCAGGGUAUUUUUAGUUUUCACAAAUUUGGCUAAUGUAUUUCUGC